AUGUGUUCUAAGAGCGGGUUAUUUUAUUUAAAAUUUAUGUCUUCUGCUUGUUAAGAUAGUUCGACUAGAGGCAUUUUCUAGAAGGCAAAAAGCAACAACAAUUAUGAGUAAGUAAAUGAGGAGAAGAAGAAAACAGAGAUUUGCAAGAACUUUCUUUUCAAGGGGUCCUGCAAAUAUCAGGAGAAUUGUUCAUUCGCCCAUGGAGACAACGAAUUAAGAGAUAGAGUACCUGCGAAUGAGAACUUCAAAACAAAGCCAUGCAAGAACUAUCAUAAGUUUGGAACUUGCUCCUAUGGAUUAAGGUGUUAAUACUUGCACUCGGAAAUAAAGGACAAGAUUAAAUGUUUAAAAAGAAUAUGGUUCCAUUUACUUUUCCAUGGGAAAAGCAAGACAAGACAUCAUAGAUCUAAAGAAUAGACAUUCUGAGAUUUUAAAGAGUAUUUAAAGAUUAUCAAGAGGUAGAAUAAUAACUAUCAUAUUUUAAAAACCUUUGUGUAUGAGGAAUUUAUGUUUUAAUAAUAAUAAUAAUAAGCUA